ACUAGCGACUGCCCUCAUUUGUUAAACCCCUAAAUCUAAAACCCUAAUUGUGACCAUCUCAAACUAUCAAAUUCCAAUCACCGUCGUGCUUCAAAACUGUCGGUGCAAUAUGUCGGAUUACGACUCCGAUGCACCAGAGGAGUUCACCUCCGAGCAGGGGAUGCAACAAGAUGAAGAGAUAAGAAAAGUGCAAAAGGAAAAUAAGGCCAGGGUAGUGCGUGAAGGGAAAGAACGUCGCAGACAGUGGGCACAAAACUUGACCCCACGGUCAUUGCCCAAAAAAGAUAUCACCGAACAUGUGAUGGAAAAUGAAACAAGGGAAGAGUCUCUAGUUAACAAGGGAAUGCUACCAGAAAACAUUGUCAAACUUCUUGCAGAGCGUGAGAAAAAAGUUUUCUCAUCGGACUCUGAGGAUGAGAAAGUUGAGAAGAAGUCAAAGAGAAGAAAGACGAGAAAAUCUGGGUUGGAACCUGUUAUAUUGAAGGACAUACCAGCUGCGCAAUGUGUAGAAAGCUCACUGGAAUUCUUAAAGAAAAGAAAAAUGCAGGUUUCAAGAUCAUCUGCAGUUUUGAACAAUUCAAACCAAGCAUUGCGCCUCCUGUCAAAGUCCGGCUUACUAAAGUGAGACUCGUUGCUGCAAACCGGGCUAGUCAAUAGCGCAUUUUUUUGCUACAGAAAACUGUGCUUGAGAGAAAAUUUAGUAGACAUUGUAUUUGUUGUUAUAAAUGAAUUACUCGCAACAUUCCUAAUCUAAAUUGCUUGGUCAAGAGAUUCAGUGUAUUCGACCAAUGUUUGGAGGAAUCGUAUACUAACUUCUCUAAAUGAAUACAUUUUGUAAGUUACUUCACAUCAACGAAAAUUAUUUCAUCAAA